GGCCAGCGCUGCAGAAUUCUGAGUCCCCAGCCACCAGUGGUGGGUCUCCUCGGAACCCUGAGGGAGCGAUGCCUUUAAUUCAUGGCUGCAAGGCCUCCCUGAGGUGCUAGGGACAGCAGGGUCUCUUGCUUAGCCUGCUGGCAAAGGCUGUAUGAGCCAGGUUCUGCAGGGCCCAGUUUCCUGGCUUGGCAUGGGUCUUGCUCAUGCCAUUGUCCAGGCUAUGUGGUGUGGGUACAGGGCAGCUGUUCCUUUCCCAGGAGUGGUGAAUUUCCAGGCUUCAAGCCAGCCUGGCUGAGAGAGGGGAUUGGCCCCCACUUAUCACCCAAGGUCCUUGGAUAAGAAGGGGUGGCCCUCAGGCCUCCCUUGCUGGGCAUGGUUUAGGGGAUACUAGUAGACAUAAAAGGGGCCACAAAACAGGCAGACACUACCUUCCCUGACAGCAGCAUCAUGGUCUCCCUUUGGCUUCUGUCCUGCUUUGCCUUGGUAGCAGCCGUCCAUGGCUGUGGAGUCCCUGCCGUCCAACCUGUGCUGAGUGGCCUGGCCAGGAUCGUCAAUGGCGAGGAUGCUGUCCCCGGCUCCUGGCCCUGGCAGGUGUCCCUACAGGACAAAACUGGCUUCCACUUCUGCGGGGGCUCCCUCAUCAGCCCGGACUGGGUGGUCACCGCUGCCCACUGCGGGGUCACAACAUCCGAUGUGGUGGUGGCUGGGGAGUUUGACCAAGGCUCUGAUGAGGAGGAUGUCCAGGUCUUGAAGAUCGCAAAGGUUUUCAAGAACCCCAAGUUCAACAUAUUCACCGUGCGCAAUGACAUCACCCUGCUGAAGCUGGCCACACCUGCCCAGUUCUCCAAAACCGUGUCUGCCGUGUGCCUUCCCAGUGCCAGUGAUGACUUCUCUGCUGGGGCCCUGUGUGUCACCACUGGCUGGGGCAAGACCAAGUACAAUGCUAACAAGACCCCCGACAAGCUACAGCAGGCAGUCUUGCCCCUGGUGUCCACUGCCAACUGCAAGAAGUACUGGGGCACCAAGAUUACUGACGUGAUGAUCUGCGCCGGGGCCAGCGGCGUCUCCUCCUGCAUGGGUGACUCUGGUGGGCCCCUGGUGUGCCAGAAGGACGGAGCCUGGACCCUGGUAGGCAUCGUGUCCUGGGGUAGCGGCACCUGCGACACCUCCGCUCCCGCUGUGUAUGCUCGUGUCACUGCACUCCUGCCCUGGGUUCAGGAGAUCCUGGAAGCCAACUGAACAUAUUUCCUUGCCUCCUUCUCCAAGGAUCCCUAAUAAAGUCCUCUGUCCAGAAACACUGACUGCACGCGUCUCACUGUGUGACCCACGGGGACAUGGGGCUAACUGUCCGUGUCACCAAGUGUGCCAUUAGUUCCCUCACCAGGCCGUAGCUCUCCUCUCAGACAGCCAAGGUCCUUCUGUGUCCUCCCCACACAGAGUCUACACCCCACCUGCUGGAGCAGCUGCACCCCCAGAGCUCUCUGGGAGGCUGAGGCCCUGCCCAGCUCUGCAGUCAGCAGCC